AUGGAUGGCCAAGGCUGCAUUAGCAGUACAGGGUAUGAGGAUGGAAGCGAUUACCCGAGCAAUGAUGCGUGCACUAUCACGGUGCCUGCCGACAACACGCUCGCCAUCGACGUAAUCGCAUUCAACACAGAAGGGUACUAUGACUAUCUCUUCGUGAACGAUGCGUACUACGAUGGCACCACAGCGCCGGAUGGCGUCGUGCCAGUGGGGAACAUCACGUGGUCGGCCGACUCGUCCGCAGAGGAUGCCGGCUGGAAGAUGUGUCUCCUGGCCGCGCGCCUUGAGGAGCAGCUGCCUUGGAGCAACGUAUCCGGGAGCUGUAGAAUGGACAGUGAGGGCUGCAUCAGCAGCACCGGGUUUGAGGAUGGACUUUUCUACCCGUAUAACGAUGCUUGCCUGAUCGCGGUUGCCUCGGACAACACGCUGCCCAUCAACGUGAUCGCCUGGGCCACGGAAUCCAGAGACAAUCUGUGGGUGAACGGUGUGGCCUACAGUAGAUUCAGCAGUCCCCUGGGCAUUGUGCCGACGCAGAAUAUCUCUUGGGCUGCCGCUACUUCGGUCGAGAGCUUGGGUGUGGCUGCCGGAUGGAAGAUUUGUUUGGGGCUUGAUGCGCCCUUGCCAUGGAGCGUUGCAUCGGGGAGCUGUGGCAUAGACGCGGAGCGCUGCAUCAGCAGCACAGGGUAUGGCGCACCUGGAUACCCCAACGAUGAUGCCUGUACCAUCCAAGUGCCCUCGAACAACUCGCUCCGAAUCGCGGCCGGAGAGUUCAGCACAGAAGCGAACUAUGAUCUUCUCAUCGUAAACGGGGUGGCCUAUAGUGGUUCCGAUGGGCCGAGCGGCAUUGUGCCAACCGGGCCGAUCACGUGGUCUGCCGACGACACUGGCGCAGAUUCCGGCUGGAGGAUCUGUUUGGAAGCAGCCUUUGCAUGGAGCGUGGCCUCUGGGACUUGCCUCAUAGACAGAGAUGGCUGCAUCAGCAGCCCGGGAAUCGAGGAUGGAAGCGACUACCCGAAUGACGAUUCUUGUCAGAUCGCGGUGGCCUCGAACAACACGCUCCCCAUCAACGUGAUCGCCUUCAACACGGAAACUGGCUAUGAUUCUCUCAUCGUGAACGGUGUCUCUUACAGUGGUUCCGAGGGGCCGGUGAACAUUGUGCCGACGAAGGACAUCUCUUGGACAUCUGACGGAAGCGUCGCGGAUGCCGGCUGGAAGCUCUGUCUUGGAUCUGAUGUGGGCUUCCCAUGGAAGGUUGCAUCCGGGACUUGCAACAUCGACUCCAAUGGCUGCAUCAGCAGCACCCUCUUUGGCCUCGACGAAUAUCCGAGGAAUGAUGAGUGCACUAUCACCAUGCCGUCCGAGAACAAAAGAGCCAUCGCUGUGAUGGCCUUUUCCACUUUUGGGGGUGAUGCCUUGGUCGUCAACGGCGUUGCGUACUCGGGCUUCGAUUGGCACCCCUGGGAGCCAGAGUAUGGGCCCGUGGGCAUUGUGCCGACGGGGGAUAUUACGUGGUGGACCGAUGACGAACUUUCUCACGAUGGCUGGAAGAUCUGCUUCACCGAGGAUCCCGGCGACAAGCUGCCCUUGUGGACGGUGCAGUCGGGGACAUGCUUCGUCUAUGGAGAAUGCAUCACCAGCGGCAACUACCCUGGGCGCUACCUUCCGGAGGCAAGCUGCAUAUUCUCGACGGCGACGUUCGAUCCGCGAAAUCCUUUGCACAUCGAUGUUGUGGACUUCUCCACCGAGUUGGGAUGGGAUGAGAUGGUCGUGAAUGACAUCCACUACUCCGGCACCAGGGGGCCUGCUGGAAUCGUGCCGCGAGGGAACAUCACUUGGACUCCGGACUCUAAAACAGCGGAUCGGGGCUGGACGCUCUGCCUUCGACCUGGCCAGGUCGCUUUUGAGACUGUCAGCUGCGGCUUUGAGUCGGAUGCGUGCGUCUGGUUCAACACGGGCAACUUCACUUGGGAGCGUGUUGCCGGCCAGGCCCAUGACGGAGGCUGGUGGCUGCAGGCCGUAAGCAAUGCGCCGGGCCAAACAUUCGUUCUUCAGGGACCACUCCUCCGCAACGACACCGACAAGGUCUUGUUCUUUGCAUACAAGCUGUCUGGCUCCAGUGCGGUGGCUUUGGAGGUGGAGCACAAGACGGCAGAGACUAACUGGUCGAGCCUCUUCGUGAAGAUAGGCGACACAGGCUCGUCGUGGCAGCUUGCAUCGAUUAGGGUCCCUCGAGGGGCUGUCGGGCUCCGGCUGCUCGGGAGUGGAGAAGCUGGAGAUGAGGUGAAGAUCGAUGCUUUGAUGGGAACGGAAGCUGCCUGGACGGAUGUUGCUUGCACAUUCGAGACUGACUUCUGUGGGUGGAGUACCAGAAAAGCUGGGUGGGACAGAGACUCUGAUCACUCGGGUAUGAAAGUUGGGGCCUACGAAGGUAGCCACUACAUCUUCGCAGAGUCUGAAUCCAUCCUGGCCAGUCCAGUUUUCGAAACCGGUGAUUCGAGGAGGCUUCUCUACUUUGCCUACCACUUCACGGGUAAUACAGCCUAUGAUGUUGCAAGCCUGCGGCUGGAUGCUUGGUUUGCCGACAGCGGCUUGACAACUCUCUGGUCGUACGAGGGUAUCGGCUUCGAGGGCUCCAAGGAUGAAUGGCGUCUUGCGCUCGUCAGCAUCCCAGAAAAAGCCAUGGCGCUGCACUUUGUCAUGCUUGCUCGCGGUGGUUUAAACGGUGUAGCCCUGGAUGCCGUCAGCAUCGGUGUGCCCACUGUGAACUUCACCGACCUCGCAUGCGACUUCGAACUCGACAGGUGCUUGUGGUUCGAUGCAGGUAGUCGUAGCUGGGAGCUUGUCACCGGUCACGCCUAUGACGGAAGCAGGAUGCUGGAGGCCACAGGCAACGGAAGCUUCAUGCUGCAAAGCGCCACCAUCUUCCCCACAUCCGAGACAGACUUUCCUUUCGCCUACAAGCUGUCUGGCUCCAGUGCGGUGGCUUUGGAGGUGGAGCACAAGACGGCAGAGACUAACUGGUCGAGCCUCUUCGUGAAGACAGGCGACACGGGCUCGUCGUGGCAGCUUGCAUCCAUCCGAGUCCCCGAGGGCACAGUGGCCCUGCGCGUGGUGGCGACACUCUCUUCGGAAGGGGACGCAGUGAAGGUUGAUGCGCUGCUGCCGAAGGCCUGGUUUCUGCAGUCGGGGUCGUGUGAAGUUGACGGGGACUGCAUCACGACUGGCAACUACCCUGACUGGUCUCCGCAGUGGGAGGAGUGCUACUUCUCCAUGGCACGGCCUUUUGAUCCGCGACGACCUCUACUCAUCGAGGCCGUGAACUUCACCGUAAGUGGGAUCACACACGAUCAGCUGUUGCAGAUCAACAGCAUCGGAUACGCCGGCGGACAUUCGCCGCAGGGGGUCGUGCCGCGAGGUGGGAUCUUCAAGUGGCGGACCUCUUACAGCAACUUUGACACCAAGUGGAAGCUCUGCCUGGCACCUGGCGAGGUUGCCUUUGAGGCAGUCAGCUGCAACUUUGAAUUUGAUGCCUGCCUCUGGUUCAACACGGGUGACUCCACGUGGCAGCGGGCCAGCGGCCAGAGCGGCCAGGCCUACAGUGACGACAUGUGGAUGGAGGCCGGCAAUGCAUCGGACGGACCAGGCCAAAGCUUUGUCAUGGAGAGCUCCACCUUCGCUGCCACCGCUGGGAAAGUCCUGCAUUUUGCCUACCAGCUGCAUGGCCCCUCCGCAUCCCUGGAGGUGGAGCACAGGACGUCGUCCGGUUGGUCGAGCCUGUUUCUGAGGACUGGUGAGACGCCUCCUGUGUGGCAAGCUGCACGGAUGGAAGUGCCGGAUGGCACGGUGGCCCUCCGAUUGAUAGCGAACCUCUCCUCGGAGACAGACGUGGCGAAGGUCGACUCCGUGGCCGCCUCCGAGGCAUGGACGCUUCUCGGCGAGCCCAAAAGAUGUGUCGUGGACGGAGACUGCAUCACGAGCCCCAACUUCCCAAACCCCUAUCCUACCCACUGGGAGUUUGCAGACGCGGACUGUCACUUCUCUGCCGCACCCUUUGAUCCUCGCCACCCGCUCGUCAUCGACGUGAACACUUUCUCCACGAGGGAUGACGUCUUCGAAGAGCAUAUCCUCGAGGUCAACGGCAUUUAUUACCAUGGCCAAACCGGCCCUCAAGGUAUCGUACCACGAGGGACACUCUGGUGGCGGGCCGAAUCCUCAGAGGAGGCUAUUGUGGCGAACUCCCACACCGGCUGGAAGCUUUGCCUUGUGCCUCUUCAGGUGACCUUGGAGAUGGUGAACUGCGGCUUUGAGCACGACAAGUGCCUUUGGUUUGACACGGGCGAUCUCACCUGGAAGCUGCAGGCCGCCCAAGAGGGUGCGGGUGCUGACAAGGCCGACGAUGGAGGCUGGUGGCUCCAGGCUGGCAAUGCAUCCUUUGGGCAGAGGCUCAGCCUAGAGAGCCCUCGCUUCGCUGCGGGGAGGGACAAGGUGCUCUUGUUUGCCUACAAGGUAACUGGCUCCGGCUCGUCCUUGGAGCUGGAACACGAGACUUCCGCCGGCUGGUCGAGCCUGUUUCUGGAGAUGGGACAGGGGUCAACGGGACUGUCUUGGACAUACGCUUUGGUGAAAAUCCCUGAAGAUACCUUUGCUCUCCGGCUGCUGGCGAGGCUCGCUUCGGAAGAGGACGUGGUGAAGGUGGAUUCGAUCUUGGCGGCGAGCUCGGUUCCCAGCGCAGAGAACAUUACCUGCAGCUUUGAGUCCGACUUGUGCGGCUGGUCCACAGCCGCCGUCGAGUCAGACCCUGGUGGCAUCUCCUGGCGGCGCACAAGCGGCAGCGCCUUCCAAGGCGACUGGUACCUGCGCUUCGACGACCCUCGCGCAUCGGGUGAUUUAACGGACCUACGCGACGAGGAAAGCAUUGUGAGUCCGGCCUUCCCUGCCACCACCGAUGAGUUGUACCUGGAGUUUGCCUACCUCAUGUCGGUGACUUCGGGGACUGACACGUUGCUCGCACUGCAGUAUCUCCAGAAAGGUCGUUGGCAGACACGCUGGUCACGAAGAACCUCUCAGGGCAGCACCUGGCUUCAGGCCAAGACGACGCUCCCUGUGGGGACAGAAGUGCUGCGCUUCGUCGCUUCAAGCAGAAGCUCCAUGAGGCUGGACUCCGUGGUCGUUUGGAAGCCGGUGACUCCAGGCACGGGGGGCCCCGUCUCGAUCACGGCUGGCGGUUACCACAAUUGUGCCUUGCUGCUGGCUGAAGGGCGUGUGAAGUGCUGGGGCUCAGGCGCCAACGGUCGCCUUGGUUACGAUGGCACCAGCGGAGUUGGCAGCGAAAGCAACUCCAUGGGCGAGGCCCUGCCAUUCGUGGACCUGGGCGACAAUGCCCCAAGGGUGAUCCAGGUGUCGGCGGGCCGCGAGCACAACUGUGCAGUGCUCGAAGAUGGAGGGCUACGUUGUUGGGGCCAUAACGAGGAUGCCCAGCUGGGUUUGGGCUUAGAUCGGACAGAAUCAUGGGGCGACCAGCCUGGUGAGAUGGGUGCCUUCCUCCCCGCCGUAAACCUGGGUGCGAGAGCCGUCGUCCAGCAGGUCGUAACCGACCACUUCCACACCUGCGCGUUGCUGCAAGCUGGCAAAGUGCAGUGCUGGGGGUGGGGACAAAUCCUCGGCUUGGAGCUAGCCAGACCGUUCUUUGGCCUUUGGACCUGGAUCGAUGAAUAUGUUGGCGAUCACCCGGACGACAUGGGGGACAAAGACGGCGUUUUGGUCGGGCUUGACUUCGUCAAUCUCGGCUCAGACUUCCAUGUCGUGCAGCUCACAGCGGGAGCGGAACACACAUGUGCGCUUUCGAGCGAAGGCCUGGUGAAGUGCUGGGGUGGUGGCCCCGCCAUCGGCCAGGGGAUUCCCUUCGCGGACUGGGGCCCUGAAGUCUCCUCCUACUAUGUAGGCGACGAGUAUCAGGAGAUGCUUGGCCUUCAACCCUUGGACCUGGGCAUGAAGGUUCUGCAGAUCUCCGCCGGCCGUUAUCACACCUGCGUGGUGCUGUCGGAUCACUCCGUCAAAUGCUGGGGCGAGAAUGACGAUGGGCAGCUGGGCCAUGGGAGUAUCACGCAUCAGGAAAUUGCGGAUGCCAACCUGCCCACGACUGAUUUGGGCGAAGACAUGUUCGCGCAGCGAGUGGAAGCGGGGGAUUACCACACCUGCGCCAUUCUGUUGGACGAGUCUCUGAAAUGCUGGGGUCGGGGCACUGCGGGGCAGCUGGGUCAGGGAAGCGUGGAGAACCUGGGAGACGAGCCCGGGGAGAUGGGGGACCAGCUCCGGCCGAUUGAUUUGGAUGCCAAGGGGGUGCGGCAAAUCGCAGCCGGCAGAGAACACACCUGCGUCGUACUCGAAGAUGAUGGCAUUCGCUGCUGGGGGGGGAACAGCUUUGGACAGCUGGGCCUGGGUGACGACGUCAACGUGGGCGAUAACCAGGGCGAGAUGGGUGCAGCUUUGAAAGUCACAGAAGUCUUCCAACCCAAGCCAGGCGCUGGCAUGGAGGAGGUGCGCCUGAGUGAUGGGGCCGGGGAAGGUGUCCGACGCCUACGGCUUCUGAGUGAUGUGCCUGGGGCGGCCGCGGAGGGCCUCCUGCAGCUUCGUCACAACGGCUCCUUCGGUUUCGUUUGCGACGACCUGUUCAGCGAUGUCACCGCACAGGUGGCCUGCCGGGAUCUUGGCCUGGCUGGUGGCCGGGCCAUUUUCCGAGACCCGGCGAGUCAAGAAGCCAAGGAGCUUCAUGGCGAGAUCCUGGCCGACAACCUUGUGUGCCAGGGCACAGAAACGAGUUUGUCGCAAUGCAGCUUCCGAGGUUGGCGCAUACACGACUGCUCGAUUCGCGAGGCCGCAGGCGUAAGGUGCGAGUUGGAUGCGUGGAGCGAGUUCACCGCUGUUGGCCCAGCAGGACGCCAAGACCACAGCAUGGUUUGGGACUCAGAGACCCAGUCAGCUCUGGUUUUCGGGGGCGCGGCAGCCAAUACCUUCCGGUACUUCGCAGACUUGUGGAGCUACCACUGGCCAUCGCGCACGUGGACGGAACUAGAUGGGAGCGGCCCAACAGCUAGAUCUGGGCACAGCGCUGUCUGGGAUCCGGCUUCCGAGAACAUGCUGAUCUUUGGCGGCACACUGCUGGGUGUUGCAAACAGCGAAGUUUGGUCCUAUCGGCUGGAGCAUCGCACCUGGCAGCAGUUGGCAGUCACUCACUCACCAAGACCUCGAGCGUACCACACGGCCGUUUGGGAUCCACUCUACCAGACCAUGCUAAUUCUUGGAGGGGAGGACGGGGAGACUUUGGCGGACCUUCAGCGGUUCAGCGUCACGGCAGGGUCCUGGACGGCUCGGGGCGGCUCUUCGCCCGAGCCACGCAGCCGGCAUACUGCGACCUGGGAGCCCAGCAGUCGUUCCAUGUUGGUCUUUGGCGGCUGGGAUGGCCAACGCUACCGCUCGAGCCUGCUUCGCUACCAUGCUUGGUCCGACAGCUGGGAUGAGGUUUCGGCUCUUGGCGCAGUGCCCUUGCCGCGUGCUGGGCAUGCGGCUGCCUGGGACCCCAUCACGACCAGCCUCCUGGUUUUCGGUGGCGUCCAGAACGUGUCCCACCAGGACCCCGUUUCGGCGAGCGACACGCUCACGGAGCUUGGCUACGACGACAAGCUCUACAAUUUCAGCCUCCUCACGGGUGCCUGGACGGAGUUCCCGGUCCGAGCCGACAUCCCGGGACCCUCGGCCCGUGCCUACGCCAGCAUGGCCUUCGAUGCGGCGAGCACGUCGCUAUUGCUCUUCGGCGGCUUCGAUGCAUCGUACCUACAGGAGCUGUGGAGAUACGCCAUGUCGCCCAAGCCAGCCGCACAUACCGACAGAUGCCAGCUCGGAAAGGCAUGCGUGCUGGCCGCGAGUCCUUUGCCGCGCCUAGCCGUGAAGCGAGAGUGCCGAGACUCAGAGAUCCUAGACUUUCGCACCCGGGACGGCCAAGCUUUGCUGGUGGAACCGGGCAGCUAUCAAACCUGUACGUGUGAGGAUGAGCUGGGCCCAAAUUGCAGCCAGCCGUCAGAAUUCGGUGUCUCGGUUGGUCAUUUCCUUGCCGAAGGGCCCCACACCAAUCAAUCUGCCAGCUGCUACAUCGGUCAGGCUUGUGCAGUCCCAGAAUGGUCUGGCGUCGGAAUCUCCACCGGCGACAGCAUCAUACUCCGAAAAGACUGCAAGACUUCGCGGGCAUCCUUCUACAGCGGCGCGCUGGUGACGAUCGGCUUCAACCCGUCUGCGAAUGCCCUCUUCCUGGACAUGGGCGACAUCGAAGGCGCCGGUGCUCCGGAGGUCGUGGAGCUGUGCUGGUGUCCCUCCGGCAGCGUCUGCGAGAGCCCCGAAGACUUCAGCAUCCCCGCCCUCGAGCUGCACGUCCGGUGCCCGCCCGGGCAGUACGAGCUGGACGGGCUUUGCCACCUUUGCCCUGCCAACAGCUACUGCCCCGAUGGCCAAACGCAGCAGAGUUGCCCCGUGGCAAGCACGUCCGCAAACGGCUCCAGCCAGCUGGAAGAAUGUCUAUGCAUCAAGGGACGCUAUCGCAGCGCCGAGAGUGCAAGCUGCCUCGUCUGCCCGUAUGGCUCCACAACGGAAGCGGCGGGGGCCACCUCGGUGUCCUCCUGCGUGUGCCAGGAGGACUUUGUGAACCUGGACCCAGCGAAUCCGGCAGACUGCGAGUGUGGCCCGGGUUUUGGCUUGGAUGUGGCAUCAGGCUUCUGCGGGCCGUGCCCACAGGGGGCCUACAAAGAAGUGGGCGGCAAUGUGCCCUGCUCUCCUUGCCCGGCGGAGCAGUCCACCUUGCAAACCGCUUCCAAGUCGGCCGACAGCUGCUUUUGUCAGCCAGGCUUGUUCUUGGAGAACGUCAGCUGCUCGAGGUGCCUCCCGGGCUUCUACUGCAACGGCACCGGGGAGGCUUUUCCGUGCCAGGAAGGUGCCAACUCCGCACCCGGGGCCAGGUCACCGGAAGACUGCCUGUGUCGAGCUGGCCACUACAAGAAUGACACCACUUCGGCUUGCACCCUUUGCCCCAAGGGCCGCUACAAGCAGUCGGAUGGAAACGAGGGUUUCUGCCCUCUGCAAUGCCCUACAGAUGCCGACAGCGAAGAAGGCUCCGUUUCCUUGUCUGCUUGCUUCUGCAAGCAGGGCUUUUCAGCAUUUCUGGAUUCGGCCGCCAAUCUUGCACGCUGUGACAACUGCGAUGCCUUCGUAGCCUUGAGCUGUCCCGGCGGCUUUCAUGACGGUACCACGGAUCACCGCUUGCCAGUAGCAAUCCCGGGCUAUUUUCAAACAGGCAGGGUCACGGCCAUCAAAUGCAACAGCGUUGUGGACGGUGGCCUCAGCGCUUGCUUGGGCAGCGGCAGUUGCAGCGAAGCCAUGAGCUGUGCCGGGAACUUUAGCAACGCCUGUGCGGAGGGCUCCGACGGACAACUUUGCGGCGAGUGCCCGAAGGGCUGGGCCAGAGCCAGCUUCCAGGCUCCUUGCCAGCCGUGCCCGGAGGUUCCCUCACUGCCGCUGGUCGUCUCCAUCCUGAGCGAUGUGGGGCUCAACGUUGUCGUCAACUUCGUGGUUGCAGCGAUGGCCGCGACCGCAGCGGUGCGUGGCAGCAGCAAGUUGCAUACCAUCAUGAUCCGCAUCGCUACCCAGUGGCUGGCGGCCUGCUCCGUCAUCGCGACCUUUCAGUUGGACCAAAUCCAGGUGGAGUUUCCGUGGGAGGCAGCGACGGCCGGUGACGCAGCCGGCUCCGCGACGUUGACGUUUGCGUGGCCGGAGGAGGUGACGCGGGCAUUGCGGGCCCUCUUCGACUCCCUGAGUUUAACGCCCGCCUGGGUCUCCGUGGACUUCGCAGCGCAGUGCCGGGCCCAGGAGCUCUCGGAGAAUCCGAGCUUCCCUCGUGUUGCUCUCGGCUUGUACACCAUCUGCCUCCCGCUGCUAGCGAUCAUCGGUGUUGUGGUCUUCUGCUCUCUGGCGGUCUACAUCGUGGUGCCCUUGGCCUCGCGGCUGGGCUACUCCUUCAACGAGGUCGGGCGCAAGAUGCAGAAGCGUGGCAAGUUGAUGGUGCAGCUCUGGGAGGCGCUGGAGAAAGUGCUUCUGAAAGCGGAGGUUUCCGUGUCCUUCGACGAGCUGGAGCAGAGUGGCGUCCUGGACGUGUCCCAGAGCGAGCUGCAGGAGGCGACGAAGGAACCCGAUGCCUUCCUUCGCAGGGCCGUGGUGAGCUCCCGAGCUUUGAUGAUCCGAGCCUGUGCCGAUCGCGAUCGGGCGCAGAGCUGCAGUGCCGCAGAGGACGAGCUGGCGGCGGAGGCCCUCUCUGAGGCGGAGCUGAAGCUGGCACCCUUGGAUGAGGCGCUCCUCCUGAAGAUGGAUCUUAGCCCUUUCCUGCAGAAGGAGGUCGCUGAGGAAGCUGAUCUGCUGGAGACCCUCCUGGACAAGAUCAUCGCCGAGGCUUCAGGCCUUCCCCUCCUCGAGCAUCAGGCGGAGGGCACCGAAAACGGGCAGGCGCAGCCAGGCGUGGAGCAGCAGGAGGAGGCCGCCGGCGAGCCGGUUUCUCCAGUCCCACCAGAAGAACGAGUGGUGGACGUAGCCAUUCUGAAAGCCAAACAGUCAACCGUGAGCAUCGCCACCUUGCGGUCCAGUGCAUCGUCAAAGACCACUGCGCGGACGAGCGGGUCGAGCCAUAAACGAGCCACUCAUUUCGACGUUGACCCAGAGCUAGACGAGGCCAUGGACUCUCUCGACUUCGGCCUCUUCACUCAUCGCCCGGGCAUGGGAGCGCUGGUCUACCAGAGUGUACCCGUCAUCUGGAUCACACUGGUUGCUCUUUGGCCCGGACUUCUUUCCAGCUUCCUUUCCAUGAUAUGGUGCGUGCCCAUCCCGGAGGACACCUGGGGCCCAGACGGCGUUGUCACUGAGACUGUCAGCCGGCUGCUCCCGAACCCCGACGUCGUGUGCUGGAGCGAUGAGCACUUUCCCUCGGCCGUGAUCGCCAUUUCUGGCCUCAUCAUCUGGUGUUUGGGCAUCCCUCUGACUCUAGCCCUGGUGCUCCUCCGCUUGAAGAACCGGCAGGCCAUCGACAACAGCCGGCGCUUUGGUUACUUCCUUCAAGGUUUGGAGCACCAGUACUGGUGGUGGGACAUCCUUGUCAAGAGGGUGGAUGUGGGCUUGAUGAUGCUGAUCACCUACACCUCUGUCGUGCAAGAGCCUGCUUCGAAGCUUUUGAUCUUUCCCGUCCUGUCCGGUUUCCAGAUGGGCUUGGCCGCUUGGGUGAAGCCCUACGCCAACGACCAGGCCGAAAUUCUCGAUGUGCUGGAGGUGGUUUUGAUAGCCACUCGCUUCCUUUUCUUCAGCCUGGUGGCGUUCCUACUCAUCCUCAACCCUUCGCCAGAGGUUACUACUAGGCGGCCGUGGAGUGUUUGUGGAUAG